UCUCUGGAAUUCAACAACGAUUCAACUCUCCUCUCUGCAUCUAUACAUCGUAUUGUCGAUCUCGUCUCAUCUGUCUUGUCUACUCUCUGCCCCGAACCCUUGUCAUGAAGAUCACUGCCUUGCUCGUUCUCAAGUGCGAUCCCGAAACACGCGAACCCGUUAUCCUGGCCAACGUUUCCGACCUCUCACAAUUCGGAAAAUUCUCUUUUUAUCGCUCUAACUUCGAAGAGUUCAUUGUAUUCAUUGCCCGUACUGUUGCCAGAAGAACCCCUCCAGGUCAGCGCCAAUCCGUCAAACACGAAGAGUAUAAAGUGCACGCUUACAACAUAAAUGGCCUCUGCGCCGUAGGAUUCAUGGACGACCAUUAUCCCGUUCGAAGUGCCUUUUCUCUUCUCAAUCAGGUAUUAGAUGUAUACCAGAAGGAUUAUGGUGACACAUGGAGGUUUGAAAACUCUAGUCAGCCGUGGCCAUACUUAAAAGAAGCUUCAGACAAAUUUCGGGACCCGGCAGAAGCUGAUAAGCUGUUGAAAAUCCAGAGGGAAUUGGAUGAGACCAAGAUUAUCCUUCAUAAAACCAUUGAUGGUGUCCUAGCCCGAGGUGAAAAGCUGGACAGCUUAGUGGAGAAGAGCUCAGAGUUAAGCCUGGCAUCGAAGAUGUUUUACAAGCAAGCGAAGAAAACAAACUCAUGUUGUACACUUCUCUAAGCUGUAAUGCAACUCUUGAAUGUCCCUCUAUAGAAUAGUCUACCCUACUUGAACUGCUUUCUAUGAACUUAUGAACAUAUCUCAAGGAAUAAGUUGUUCCAUGUCAGGUUUUAGUUUUUUUUUUUUUUUUUUUUUUUUGGUUUUUUUUUUCUGUAAUGUGUAGUUUUUAUCCAAGAGAUGUUAGCUAAGAAUGACAGUUUCAUCAUAUUGGGAUAAAAAAUUAUAUAAAUAAAAUUAACAUAAUUAA